AUGUUUUCAAAUGCUAUAUAUUAUUUAAUUGCUACAAACAAUGUACUUGAACAAAAAUUGUGUAAGAGAAUUGCACGAUUAUCAUUAUCAUUAAUUUUAAAUAAAGUAUAUGUAGUGUUGGAGAAACCAUUGAAUAAGGUUAGUGAUAUUACUAUCUCGUAUUUUUAUCCACCUGGCUUUCUUGGUGAACAAGAACUGGAAGAAGUAAUAGUGGAUCAAGCAUUAAAUGUACAGGUAGUGAAACUGAAGAAAUUACUUGGUAAAGAAAUAUGUAAUAAACAUUUAAUUGAAGGAAAAUUAUUACGUUUAAAAGAUGCAUUGACUAUACAAAAAGGUAUUUUAUGUACAGGUGAAAAAAUGUGA